CCCGUGGUUGCACGCAAGCGUUAUGAUGUAUUAAAUGUUUCCAUUGUGCGCAGGGCUGUAGAAGGAACUAAGCCGAUUUUCGAUAGAGAAGAGUUGAUAGGGAAAAUAUCAGGAGAUCUUCAAGAUGACGUUGAAGAGACGCGUAUUAUACAAGUUUCCAAGGUGGAUCGCCAUGAUGACUACGCAGCUAGAUUGUCCAGAGCAAAACUGGAGGAAGAGCUAGAUGAUGUUAAUUAUCCAAAGAGAGAUGAUGAGAUGGACGGAAAAAGCAUGCGGGUGGCAGUUGCCACUGUCUGGGAAGACACUCAGAGGAGGAGGAGAGAUAAAGGCACAGUCUUUCAGAGGGAGUUCAGAGGUUCCAAACAAGAAACAAGGAUGAGGCCUGACAUCAAACAUGGUGAUUUGAGACAUAGCCUAUCAAAGAGGCGCACUGGGUCGGAGAGAGAGGAGACCUCAUCUGAUAUUAGACAACGUCUUGGUAGUAGAGAAGAGAAAAGACCAGGAGAGAAGGGAUAUCAGAGCGAUGUAGUUCAGAGACUACUACAGCAAGCAAACAGCUCACAAGAGCCUUUGCCAGAUUUUGCACAACGUCCAGACAAAGGUGUGUACGAACCGUGGAAAGAAAACCCUGAGCUAAUACCAAAAGGAUCUUCUUACUAUGAGCAUGACAAUCGAGGGGAGUUUGACUACUGGGAAAGGCGGGGAAGAGGAAGAGGACGGGGCUUUUUCCGUGGAAGGGGUGACUAUCGCGGGCGUGGUGGGUUCAGGGGACGAGGAGAUAGAGGCCGUGGGCGGGGAUAUCACAAUACUGGUUACAGAGGAGACAGGAAUCAAUCUAGAUGGCGAGAUGAUGACCGGGACAGAGAUCGGGAUAGGGAUCGGGACAGAGAGCGGGAUAGGGAUCGGGACAGAGACCGGGACAGAGUGGGAGGAGCAGACAGAGAUAGAGAAUGGAAGCACGAUAUGUUUGAGAAGAUGAAAGAGGAUGAACAGAAACCAUCUAGCACCACAGAAAACCCGGUGUCAUCACAAUCAUAGGUGGCAUUGAUGCACAUGACAAGACCAACAAACAAUCUGCAGGUGUGGUCCACCACAAUAUUGGCUAACUUACGCUGAUAACAGUCACCUCUUUCCUGAAAGCAUAUUUCAUAGGUUUUGCUUAUAAUACAGCUGUAGAUGGCACUAUACGGCAUGAGGAAAUGAUCACAUUGUUGCAUGGAUAUUUGGAGAGAAAAAUGGAGAAAAUUAUUUGUGUUGUCAAGUGAAUUUGUGUAAGGUAUAAUGAAUAUCAAAUAUAGAUGGAACUGCCAUGCAAGAUGAGAUGGACUGGUAAGUGUGUGCUCGUUCAAGAUGGAUAAAAGUCAGCUCUGAAAGUAUGGGGAAAAUGAUAAAACACAAUUGUAUGUUGUUUGUUUGUGGCUAUUUACAAACAAAACAUGGCAAAUAACCAAAUAUUUGGAUAUUGACAGGUGAUAUUUCAGCAUUGUCCUGAAUAUUUUAUUUUGGCUUCCUGUAUAAAGUUGUCUGUCUUCUUGGUAAAUUUUUUUAUUAUCUGAGUAGUGCAAAAAUAUUGUGCAGUUAGCCAAAAUGAUUUUUUUUUUCGUUUUAAAAUAUGAAGCAUAUUUGUCAGACAUGUGUCCCAUUUGUCGAUAUAAUAUUAUGGCAAAUAAAAAGAAUCGAAGAUCA